UUUAAUGAGUCCAUGGAUUGGCGCAAAAAGAUAGAUAUUGGUCCUAUUUAUAGUCAGGGGAUGUGCUCUGGAUGCUGGGCGUUCACCACCGCUCAAGUUGUUGGCGAUAGCAAGGCGAUUGCGACGGGCUCUCGCAUGGCUGUCAGCCCGUAUCAUUUGUUGUCGUGUGACAACCUGGACUCGGCAUGCAACACUGGGAACAUGGCCACGGCGUACGCGUGGAUCAAUGUGCAGCCUAAAGGCGUACUUGUCGCCACCGAUUUCCCCGAAGGAAGCAGUUGCGAGGUGGUAAAAUCGGAUCAGUCGCGAGGCGUGAAGAUUGAUGGAUACUGCGAAAUCCCACCUUUAGAGGGGGAAUCGACGCUCAUCAAUCUCAUGCGUGCGCUGCAGCAGCAAACGGUGGCGGUCGGCGUGAACAUCAAACCGCUGCAGUUGUAUGGCGGCGGCAUCGUGCGCCUACACGACUGCCCGCCGGCGGAUAGCGACCCGCUUCUCGCAAUUAACCACGCCGCUGUUUUAGUGGGCUGGGGCUACGACCAGCAGUCGAAACAAGGGUAUUGGAUAAUGAAGAACUCGUACGACUCGGAUUGGGGCGAAGAUGGAUAUGCCAAGCUCUCCAUGGAGCUCGGCGAAGGCGGGUACGGCACGUGCGGUUUGUACACGGAGCAAAAUUAUCCGCUG